CACUCAGCAGAGCACAGAGGAUUUUACUGCUGACAGCAAAUCACUGGCGGGAGGAGAGUGCAAUCAGCCUGGAGAUGGGUUUCGGGGAGGACCUGAGGUGUCCACAGGCUCAUGCGGCGGUCAUGAGGCUGCUGGACUCGGAGCUGCACCUGAUGGAGGUCAUGAAGAAGUGGAUGGGUCAGCGAGCCAAGAGCGAGAGGGAGUUCUCAGUGCAGCUGCACCACAUGACUGCCAUGGUGGAGAAACUGGACCGGCCUCAGCCCAGCGCGGGACAAGACCACAUCAGUCAGCUGAACAAGUCGUGGGCGGUGUUGGUGUCGCAGACCGAGUCCCUCAGCCAGGUGAUGAAAAAGCACUCUGAGGAUCUACUGGACGGCCCCAUCAGCAAACUGACACUGCUCAUCAGAGACAAGCAGCAGCUUCGCAAGACCUACUCAGAGCAGUGGAACCUGCUGAGGCAGGAGCUCAACAAGGUGACCCAAACAGAGCUGGACAAGCUGAGGAGCAGCUACAGGCAGGCAGCCAGAGAUGCAGCUCAAGCAAAGAGGAAGUACCAGGACAACAACAAAGAAAAAGAGCGAGACAAGACCAAAGAGCGCUACGUGAAGGCCACGCUGAAGCUCUACGAGCUCCACAACGAGUACGUCCUGUCUGUGAGAGCCGCUCAGGUUUACCAUCAGCACCACUACAGCCAGAUCCAGCCGGCACUGCUCAGCGCUCUGCAGACUCUGCAGCAGGAGAUGGUGCUCGUCCUAAAGGAGAUCCUGCAGGAGUAUUUCGACAUCUCCACCCUGAUCCAUCACGAGGUGACGCAGAUCCACAGGGAGAUGUCGUCGGCCUUAACGGCCAUCGAUCCUCACAGAGAGUACGAGAGCUUCAUCCAUCAGAACAGUUCUGUGGGGGAGAAUCCUGCUUGUGCCGACUUCGACUGCAGCCUCCUGGAGGACGCCGAGCAGCUCCGUCCCCGAGAGAUCGAACUGAACGACCUCACGCUUGAGAAAAUCCAGCACAAGCUGACUGCCACAGAGGAGGAGCUGCUGGACCUGGCUCGCACUCUGAGCUCUCAGCAGGCUUCAGUCGAACACCUGGAGCUGGAGCUGGAAGAGGAGCAGGAAGGUGUCAAAAAGGGCCAGAGAGUCUACAUGUUCAGCAAGAGACAUGCGAUGGAGGAGUGCCGGCAGCAGGUCGCCCUGUCUCAGGGCAUCCGAGCCAAGCUGGAGGCUCAGAGGCUUCUCCUGAAGGCCAAGCUGGACGAGCUGGGCUCCAGAGAACCUCCCUCUGCUCUGAAGCUGGACCCUGACUCUGUUUCACUUUCGUCCAGCACAAACAACGAGCACUUUCCAUCCAAACUGGUCAUGGACGGCAUCAAAAAUCUGUUCAAACCCAAAUCUGAGGUGCUUCCGGUUCUGACCCAGGUGCAGGACGUGGACCGUCCUCUGGGGCAGCAGGACUGGUACCACGGAGCCAUUCCCAGACUGGAGGUCCAGCAGCUGCUGAAGAACAACGGAGACUUCUUGGUGAGGAAGAGUCAGGAGAAGCACGGCUAUGUGCUGUCGGUGCAGUGGGACGGAUCCUGCAAGCACUUCCUUGUUCAGAACACAGAUAAUGUGUACCGUCUGGAUGGAGAAGGCUUCAGCAGCAUCCCACUGCUGAUUCAGCAUCUGCUGUCGUCACAGCAACACGUCACCAAGAGGUGCGACAUCGUGCUGAAGAAACCUGUGCUGAAGGACAAGUGGGUCCUGGACCACGACGAUAUUGUCUUGGGACACUUCAUUGGACGGGGUAACUUCGGAGAGGUGUACAGCGGUCACCUGCGCUCUGAUAACACUCCUGUAGCUGUGAAAUCCUGCAAAGAGAACCUGGCCCCGGAGCACAAGAAUAAGUUCCUGAUGGAAGCCAGGAUCCUGAAGCAUUACAACCAUCCUAACAUAGUGAAGCUGAUUGGAGUUUGCACACAGAAGCAGCCCAUUUACAUCAUCAUGGAGCUGGUCCAAGGUGGUGAUUUUCUGUCCUUCCUGCGUCAUGAGGGUCACAGUCUGAAGCCGAAGACGUUGGUCAAAAUGACAGAAAACGUAGCGUCUGGUAUGGAGUACCUGGCGAGCAAGAAGUGUAUCCACAGGGACCUUGCAGCCAGAAACUGUCUGGUCGCAGAGCACAAUGUGGUGAAGAUCAGUGACUUCGGGAUGUCCCGUCAGCAGGACGACGGCGUCUACUCAGCAGAAGGUGGCCUCAGACAGAUUCCUGUCAAAUGGACGGCACCUGAAGCCUUGAACUACGGCCGUUAUACCACAGAGAGUGAUGUCUGGAGCUUUGGUGUCUUGCUGUGGGAAACCUUCUCCAUGGGGAUGCCACCCUACACGAGCAUGAACAACCAGCAGACCAGAGACGAGGUGGAGAAAGGAUACCGUAUGCCGGCUCCACACAGCUGCCCCGUGGAGGUCUCCAAGAUCAUGAGCAGCUGCUGGCAGUACGAACCCAAAAACAGGCCGUCUUUUAAGAAACUUCGGGCAGAACUCAGCACCAUAUACAACAAAAUCACAUAAUGCAGGACGGUUAACACGCAGCUCUGGAGGUUGUUUGUUGUUCGUAUUCUUGUCCUCCUGAACAGAUGUUGAAAACCCGGCAUGAACACUGAAGCAAAGCAUCAACAGCAAACAGAAAAAAACAGCAUAUGUGAUAUUUAUUUUUAGAUUUCUUGUGAAUGAACUUG